AUGGAGGCAGAGGAGAUCAAGACCAAGCCUCACAAGCAGCUGGUGGUGUGCCAGUACUCCACAGGCAACACCAAAGAGCAAUGCAAGGAGGCCGCCAGACUACUUGCCCUGCCCAACCUGGAGCUAGCUAAAACGCUUGAGGGUCAUGCUGCACCAAAGCCCACCACUCUGCAGAAUCUUAUCAAGGAACUCAAUUGCCUUGUUCCAGAGGGUCAGGUGUUCAUCUCCCUUGACAACCUCAACUCUGCCAUGGAGGCUGACUGCUGCUGUGAAGAUCCUGAGGAGCUUUGCCACAUCUGGGACUGGAUCUGUGUUGUGGAAUACAUUGUGCUGUGUGGUAAAAACAUUGAGAUUGAGCAGCCCCACAGCAUCACCUCCAAAGUUGUUGACAUGUUCCACAAGCACCCAUUCCAGUUGAAACUUCUCAGUGAUGAGGCAGAGGAGACCACACCUCGCCAGUUAUGA